AUGGCCACCAAGGCUCGCUUCUCCGAUGGCACAAAUGAGGCUACCGCAACGCCUGCUCUCAAUGCCUUACUAUCAAAACAUUGGACGCUCGCAAAGGAAGGCGAGGCAUUGGAGAGGAGCUUCAAGUUCAAGACGUUUUCAAAGACGUGGUGCAAGAUCAAAAACCACCACCCCGAGUGGUCCAACGUGUACAACACGACGUUUAUCAGAUGGACAACCCAUAACCCCAAAGGUCUGUCAGACAAAGACUUGGACCUCGCUACCAAGUGUGACGCCAUUGCUGCCGAGCUUGGAGAGCUGGCCCCCGAGCCCCCCAGCUGCGAGAUCAGGGACGUCGCGGACAAGGCGACAACAUCGGCAGGGGACUGCUGUAUCCCGAAGAAAUGA